AUGCAUUCACUACUGAAGGUCUCCGUUCUGCUGUUUUGCAUUCAGGCUGGAGAAGGACACUGGCUUAGAACACUACUGGACACGGACCUCCGUAAUGAAGAACGUAGAGGUAGUGAUGUUGAGGCAAAGGAGGGUUCAGGGAGGCAGUUGGAAAGAGCGAUUCGGUUACCCCGCAGCGCUGAGUCCCCAUGUGCUCUGCACUCCAUCCUGCUGCAGGUACGAGACCUUGGGUUGGGCUACGACUCGGACGAGACAGUGCUGUUUAAGUACUGCAGUGGGACCUGUCCUCGCCUUGCCUCCAACCACGACCUCACGCUCGCCAACCUCCUGCAAAGCGGCGUCCUUCAAUACACCGGCCAUUGGCACCAUCAGCCCUGCUGUCGCCCCACACACCAUGAAGACAUAGCCUUUCUCGACAACCACCAUCGCUGGCACAAAGUGGAGAAACUCUCUGCCGCUGCGUGCAUCUGUAUGGUGUAG